CAUGCGCGGAAGCCCGGCGCCCUUUUGUCCGCGCUGCUGCAGCUUUGACGAUGGCGGCCUGUGGUUUGGGGCUGUUGACCAGUUUGCCCCUCCGUGCUCAGAGAAGUCAAGUCCAGCGUCCUCUCCGCAGGCUUCUCAGUUGCCCAGGAACAGUGGCCGCAGCCCUCGGGAGGGAAGAGCAGUCCUCGGGGAGCGCUGAGACAGGCUCUGAAGACAGGACUCCAAAAAAGAGAUUCUCUGAGGUGCAAAAAGAGAGACGAGAACAGGCCCAGCGGACUGUGUUAAUCCACUGCCCAAAUAAAAUCAGCGAGAAGAAGUUUCUCAAGUACUUAUCCCAACAUGGAUCUAUUAACAACCACUUCUUCUAUGAAAGCUUUGGUCUUUAUGCUGUUGUAGAAUUUAGCCAGAAGGAAAGCGUAGCUUCACUGCAGAGUGUAACUCGUACUCCAAGCCUAGGCACGGAGGCCGCGAUUCCAUUCAGAUCACGUUACUUCAAUUUAAAGUUGGAGACUCCGUUAAACCAGACUUCUCCACAGUCAAGCAUUCAAUGUAGGAAUCAGUCUUCUCCUUCAAGCAAGAAGCUUUUUGAAUUACUUUGUUGUGCAGAAAGUGUAGAUGAUCAGCUGAACACUCUCUUGAGGGAAUUCCAGCUAACAGAGGAGAACACCAAGCUCCGAUAUCUCACCUGCUCUCUUAUUGAAGAUGUAGCAGCUGCGUAUUUCCCAGACUGCACCGUCAGACCCUUUGGCUCUUCAGUGAACAGUUUUGGAAAAUUAGGUUGUGAUUUGGACAUGUUUUUGGAUCUAGAUGAAAUUGAAAAAUUUAGUACUCACAAGGCCUCAGGAAAUUUUCUGAUGGAAUUUCAAGUGAAAAAUGUUCCUUCGGAAAGAAUUGCAACACAGAAGAUCCUCUCUGUGAUAGGAGAGUGCCUGGACCACUUUGGCGCGGGCUGUGUGGGAGUUCAGAAAAUACUAAACGCUCGCUGUCCCCUUGUCAGGUUCUCACACCAGGCCUCUGGAUUUCAAUGUGAUUUGACUACUAACAAUAGGAUUGCUUUGAAGAGCUCUGAACUCCUUUACAUAUAUGGUGCCCUGGACUCCCGAGUGAGAGCCUUGGUGUCCAGCAUCCGAUGCUGGGCUCGAGCACAUUCGUUAACGAGUAGUAUUCCUGGUGCUUGGAUUACAAAUUUCUCCCUUACCGUGAUGGUCAUCUUUUUUCUCCAGAGGAGAUCACCCCCUAUUCUUCCAACACUAGACUACCUAAAAACCCUUGCAGAUGCAGAAGAUAAGUGUAUAAUAGAAGGCCACAACUGUACAUUUGUUCGCGACUUCAAUAGAAUUAAACCUUCAGGAAACGCAGAAACACUAGAAUUACUACUGAAAGAAUUUUUUGAAUAUUUUGGAAAUUUUGCGUUCAAUAAAAAUUCCAUUAAUAUUCGACAGGGAAGGGAACAAAACAAACCUGAAUCUUCUCCACUGCACAUUCAGAAUCCUUUUGAAACUUCUCUCAACAUUAGCAAAAAUGUAAGUCAAAGUCAGCUGCAAAAAUUUAUAGAUCUGGCCAGAGAAAGUGCCUGGAUUUUACAUCAGGAAGAUAAAGAUCGCCUCCCGCCAUCAAAUAAUCAGCCCUGGGGGCUGGCAGCCCUGCUGCUACCUUCUGUAGCAAAUAGUAUGUCUCUUGCCAAGAAGAAAAAGAAGACUUCAAGUGAAAGAAUUAAAAACUUGUUGGAAUCCAUAAAAAGUAGCAGUACAGAAAAUUCCACAGCCACCAACGGGUAAAGAGCAGUUAGUACUCAGGCAUAAUGGCUGCUCCUUUGCUUUCAGAACUGGUUUUAUCCUAUAAGGUAAUCACUGGAGCGCCUGGAAGAAUGGUGUGAAAUCCUGGCAGAUCUCACACUGUCAUCCGAUGCCUCUCUUUUCAUGGUCUUCUCAUGGGGCCCCUUAAACUGGCCUGACAUUCUGCGAUGUUUUCAGCCUGAAAGCCAGUGGCACUGUAUUUAAACGCUAGCCAUGGGAACAGGUGAAAGAAGAUUGGAAUAUACUUCAGACAAAAUAUACAAAGCAAGUGGGGAAAAUCAGGUUUACAAUCAAACCAUUGUUGAAAUCUGCAUCAGUCUCUGGGUGUGAAUCGUUUAGAAGGACUUCGAGGUAUGUACAUACGUCGGCAAUGAAUACAAUAAAGCUGCAGAAUUUGA